AUGUAUCGAAAGCAAAACAUAGAUCACAUCCGGACCGGUCACAUCAUGAGAAGAAUCGACGAUAGAUGGACUAGAAGAACGCCAGGGUGGAUCCCAAAAGAUGCUAAACGCCCUCGAGGGAGACCGCCAACGAGAUGGGGUGACGUGUUCGCUAUACGGAUGGACCAGCUGAGAGCUCAGCUGGGUACGGCUCAAGGACCUCGUCAACGUCACCCACGAAACUUGAGAACAUCUUGGAUGACAAUGGCGAAGGAACGAAACGAGUGGAAGAGAUGCUGGGGCCCGCAAAUCCAGUGA